GACUUGUCGAAGAUAAAAAAACUCUCAUUGUCACCACAGUAUCAGUACCGAUAAGUUCUUCAUAUCGACGAACUUGACUGAAAUUUGCAUAAAUAGGAAAGUGCAUCGCUUGCAGUGGUGACCAAAAGUCGCCACACCGGAAACGGAUCAGAUCAUCAGCGCCGUCACGUCUAGUCAUGUCUAUAAAAAUUUCCAACGUGGGUUCCAUCACACGAGCACCGAAGAUCUCAUGAUGGCGCACCCCUGCGUGGGACAUCGCUUGAAGUCCUUGGCGCCUCUUUCUCGAACUCUGCUGCUGCCUGCCCACGAUGUCGUCUUCGAGGCCCGACAGUCUUGCAGAUCCAUUUGUGACAGCGCCCAACACUCCUUUGAACCUCAGUCAAUCCCUCGAACCUCCCAGAGCAUCUUAUCUGUCAUCCACCCCAGAAACUGCUGCCAGCGCGCGUGAUUCGUACGCUGAAUCACCAGAUAAUACCUCUCCAUUGGUGCAAGAUAACGAAAAACGCGAUGCCAUAGCUUACGGCCAAGAUUCAAGAGCAGAACUUGGGUUGAGAAAACGAUCCAUCCUUAGGCGGCCUCUAUUUUGGCUCGUCGCUUUUACCGUCGUUAUUGUUGUUGUCCUCGCUGUCGUUCUCCCAGUAUACUUUGUUGUUAUCAAACCCCACGAUUACAGUACCAAUGGAGCUUCUGCAAGUGGGUCAGGUAGCGGCAAUCCCACAUCUCCUGGUCCACCUGGAACAACUACGACCGGAGGAAACGGCUCCCUUAUCACAAUGGCUGAUGGCACGACAUUCACUUACUUGAAUCCCUUUGGAGGCAUCUGGAUGGACAACCCAAACGACCCUUUCAACAAUGACGCUUAUCCUAACUCAUGGACCCCUCCACUUAAUUCUAGCUGGACUUGGGGAGUAGACAAGAUUUACGGCGUCAAUAUUGGUGGACUUUUUGUUCUAGAACCCUUCAUUACACCCGCCCUUUACCAGCAGUAUCCGGAUGCAGUUGACGAGUGGACCCUGAGCACGCUCAUGGCGGCGGAUACAGCCAGCGGCGGACUCCAACAGAUAGAGACCCAUUACAGUACCUUUAUUACCGAGCAGGAUAUUGCCGAAAUCGCUGGAGCUGGACUGAAUUGGAUCCGUUUGCCUAUUCCUUUCUGGGCGAUUGAGAAAUGGGACUUUGAACCCUUCCUCGAGAAAGUCUGUUGGCCCUACAUCCUGCGCGUCCUUCAAUGGGCACGAAAAUAUGGGAUUAGAGUAAAUCUCGAUCUGCAUACCAUCCCCGGAUCUCAGAACGGAUACAACCACUCCGGCAAAUCUGGCUCUAUCAACUUUUUGAAUGGAGUCAUGGGACUUGCCAAUGCCCAGCGUGCGCUCGAUUAUAUUAGGAUCAUUACCGAGUUCAUAUCCCAGCCCGAAUGGGUUGAUGUCGUCCCUGUGUUCAGCAUCGUCAAUGAGGCCCUGGUCUCGACCAUUGGAACAGACCAGAUCACAUCGUUUUAUCUCCUUGCGCAUGAUAUGAUCCGCAAUAUCACCGGUUAUGGAGAAGGGCACGGGCCCUACAUCGCUAUUCAUGAUGGAUUUUUAGGGACGGCAGCCUGGGCAAAUUUUUUGCAAGGUUCUGAUCGAAUCAUACUUGACACCCACCCCUACUUCGCGUUCGAUAGUCAGUCUGAUUGGUCGCCCAUUGCGACUGGUACUGGAUUAAGCGCUGGAGGCAUUUGGCCGCAACAGGCGUGUAGUGCAUGGGGCCCUGGCAUUAAUACCAGUCAGACCGCAUUCGGUAUAACCAUCGCGGGCGAAUUCAGCGGUGGUUACAAUGAUUGUGGACUGUACCUCACAGGCGUUGGGAAUACUGCUAGCUAUGGAACGUCGUGCUCUCUCUUCUUAGACUCUUCGCAAUGGAACGACACCAUGAAGGCAGGUCUUUAUGAAUUCACGCUGGCUAGUAUGGACGCUUUGCAGGACUGGUUUUUCUGGACCUGGAAGAUCGGAAACUCAUCCACGACUAAUAGUGUCCAGUCUCCCCUGUGGUCUUAUCAGUUGGGUCUCCAGAAUGGAUGGAUCCCUACCGAUCCCCGCACUGCCGUAGGCACCUGCGCGGCGUUGGGAGUGACUGGUCCACAAUUUGACGGUGUUUAUGAGGCCUAUCAGACAGGAGGUCCUGGAGCUGGGACCAUCGUCGCGUCCUCGGUCACAUCUUAUGGCCAGUAUCCACCAACGCCUAUCAACGGUCUUACAGUUGGAGCAAUCCAGUCCCUCCUCCCUACCUACACGUCCACCAGUGCAGUUCCAACUCUUCCGCCUCCCACCUUCUCUCCAAGUCCUUCUCCAUCAGUCAGCGCCGGGAACGGCUGGUUUGAUUCGGGAGAUACCGGUCUGGCACCAACGCAAGUACAAGGUUGCACCUACCCAAAUGCAUGGGAUGCUGUUAGUUCAGCUAUGCCCACGGCACUUUGUCCUUCUACAGGUGUCGUCACUCCCGUCACCACGUCACUUUCGACUAGCCGUUGACUGUAAAAUGGCACCAAAGGAAGCCUGACAUUCGCUUCUGCGCAGUCAAGUGUUUCAUGGAGGCGCCGUGGAGCGUGCCAAGGUAUUUUGAAUAUAGUCGGCUGCCGGCUUUCUUGACGUUACUCGCAUAUCAUUGUUUUUGACAUUAUAUGAGGACUGACGGGUUGUUAUUUUUAUCGUAUUCUAAGUAGUCUCCAAUCGCUUAUCGAAUUGCGUUUGUUGUUGCCAAAAUUGACGCGGACGUUUUGUAUUGCUGGGGAUUGGCUGAAGACUAACCAUUAAUUAUGCAUUUUUAGUUUCGUGCCA